CUCUUCCUUCCCGUUUCUCCUGCCGUUUGUUGGCGGCUGCUUCCUUCUUUUCUCCCCCGCCCUCCCUGCCCCCGAUAAAUCACUUUUGUUCGGCAGUUGCUGCCGCAGCUGCCCGCAAAGCGGGAGAAAAUGCUCUUGGAUGCUGGACCGCAGUACCCGGCCAUCGGUGUGACGACCUUCGGCUCCUCUCGCCACCACUCCACGGGCGAUGUGACGGAGCGUGAGGUGGGACUGGGCAUCAACCCCUUCGCCGACGCCGGCAUGGGUGCCUUCAAGCUCAACCCCAGCAGCCACGAGCUGGCCUCGGCCGGCCAGACCGCCUUCACCUCGCAGGCCCCGGGCUACGCGGCGGCGGCGGCGCUGGGACACCACCACCACCACCCGGGCCACGUCGGCUCCUACUCCAGCGCGGCCGCCUUCAACUCCACGCGGGACUUUCUUUUCCGCAACCGGGGCUUUGGGGAGGCGGCCGCGGCGGCCAGCGCGCAGCACAGCCUCUUCGCCUCGGCAGCCGGCAGCUUCGGCGGGCCCCACGGGCAUGGCGAGGCGGCGGGCCAUCUCCUCUUCCCGGGCCUCCACGAGCAAGCCACAAGCCACGCGUCGCCCAACGUGGUCAACGGGCAGAUGCGCCUCGGCUUCUCUGGAGACAUGUACGGCCGGCCGGAGCAGUAUGGCCAGGUGACCAGCCCGCGCUCCGAGCACUACGCGUCCCCCCAGCUGCACGGCUACGGCCACAUGAAUAUGAACAUGGCAGCCCAUCACGGAGCGGGGGCCUUCUUCCGUUACAUGAGGCAGCCCAUCAAGCAGGAGCUCAUCUGCAAGUGGAUCGAGCCCGAGCAGUUGGCUAACCCGAAAAAGUCCUGCAACAAAACUUUCAGCACCAUGCACGAGCUGGUGACUCACGUCACCGUGGAGCACGUUGGCGGGCCCGAGCAGUCCAACCACAUCUGCUUCUGGGAAGAGUGUCCCAGGGAAGGGAAGCCUUUCAAGGCCAAAUAUAAACUGGUCAACCACAUCCGCGUCCACACGGGGGAGAAACCUUUCCCUUGCCCGUUCCCGGGAUGCGGCAAGGUCUUCGCUCGGUCGGAAAAUCUCAAAAUCCACAAAAGGACGCACACAGGUGAAAAACCCUUUAAGUGUGAAUUCGAGGGCUGUGACAGGCGCUUCGCCAACAGUAGUGAUCGCAAAAAGCAUAUGCAUGUCCACACGUCAGAUAAACCUUAUCUCUGCAAAAUGUGUGAUAAGUCCUACACGCAUCCCAGCUCCCUACGAAAACACAUGAAGGUCCACGAAUCCUCCUCCCAGGGGUCCCAGCCUUCCCCCGCUGCCAGCUCGGGCUAUGAAUCUUCAACUCCCCCAACCAUCGUUUCUCCAUCCACAGAAAACCAGACCACAAGUUCCUUAUCCCCUUCGUCUUCAGCAGUCCAUCACACGUCCAGCCACAGUACGCUCACGUCAAAUUUUAACGAAUGGUACGUUUAAACAAACAAACAAACAUAGGCAAAAGCGACCUAUU